AUGGUGGCGCCCUGUGGGCAACGUGAGCGUAAACAAGCAGCUCGACUCUUGAACAUAAACCCCCCGUCCUGCCAGGUGAAGCGGAGCCGCAGCUGAGUGGGAGGCUCCAUGGCUCUCCGGGUGUGCGGCCGGCUCCUCAGCGGCUGCUCGGUCCUCUCCAGCCGGCUCCCCGCUGCUGCUGGCCGGGGAAGUGCGUCAUGCCUCCUCUCUGCGGGAAGUGCAGCCUGCAGCCAAGGAGGACGGGCCGGAUUCAUCUUCACUCCUGCCUGUUUUAUUACAUCUGAGGCAUUUCUCAGCAGACUGAUGAAAGGGAAAGCAGCAGAGGCAGACGGCAGCACUUAUCGCCUUCCAGCCUCAGUUCCGCCAGACGGCAGUGAGCAGCUAUCUUUGUUACUGAGACAUCCUGAUCAGCCUCGUGACUCAAAGGUUUUGAAAGUGGCUAUAAUCGGUGCCCCAAAUGCUGGCAAGUCCACGUUGUCCAAUCAGCUCCUCGGGACAAAGGUGUUUGCUGUGUCCAAGAAAGUGCACACUACACGGUCACGUGCCCUGGGCGUCCUAACGGAGAAUGACACGCAGAUCAUUUUGCUGGACACUCCUGGUCUCACAACCCCCUCAAAGGUCAAAAGACACCAGCUGGAGAAGUCUUUGCUCGUGGAUCCCUGGGACUCUGUUAAAGAGGCUGACCUGAUUGUAGUCAUGGUGGAUGUGGCAGACAGAUGGAUGUGCAGCAGGCUCGACUUGGAGGUGCUGAAAUGUCUGGCCCAGCACCCACGUAUCCCAGCAGUCCUGGUCCUCAACAAGGUGGACCAGGUCAAGGCCAAGGACAGACUGUUGGACAUCACAGGCCAUCUGACAUGUGGAGUGGUCAACGGACGGAAAGUCCGGGUCAGGCCGGUUAUCAAGCCCCCGUGGGCUGAAAAGAGGCCGGAGAGAGAGCCAGAGGUGGAGUUGUCUGGAGAGGAGGAGAGCGCAGCAGCUGAGGACACCGCUCAGUCCGACUCGGUGCUGAACAAAGAGCAGCUGAACCAUCUGAGGGGCCAACAAGGCUGGCCUCACUUCAGGGACGUCUUCAUGCUGUCGUCUCUGGACGCAGAGGACGUGGAGACACUGAAGAGCUAUUUCAUGGUUGCGGCUCAGCCGGGGUCAUGGCAGUACCACAGCGAGGUCCUGACUGACCAGAGACCCGAGGACAUCUGCACCAACACCAUCAGAGAGAAGCUGCUGGAGUACCUCCCCCAGGAAGUGCCCUACUCAGUGACGCAGUCUGUUGAGCUGUGGCAAGAUGGAGAAAAUGGGGAGCUUGAUGUUUGUGUGAAACUUUACGCCCAGAAAGAGACUCAUGUGAGGAUGCUGAUCGGCACAGGUGGCCAGAUGGUAGCGCGGAUCGCCAGAGAGGCGGGCGAGGACCUCAGCCGAGUCUACCUGAGGGAAGUGAGGCUCAAGCUCUCCGUCAAGAUAAGGAAGUGAAGAAAGUAGUGGGACUUUCCACGGGGAAAUCCUGAGACGUUGGAGCCGAUCCUGCUGGAUUACGGAGAGAGCUCGAAUGGGAGAGGGAGUGAGAUCCCCUGAUGAGUCUGUUGUGGAACUGUGAAGUGCUGCAUACCUGGACCUGGACCUCUGAAAGUUGUGACUGUUUUCAUUUACCUUCCCGUUGCAGCGUCUGCUCACGCCGUCCCAGUAGAUACCACUUAAACGCUUUUAAACGGGCUCAGCGGCCCGUCAAAUUCACGCAGACAGUUGACGGAUUUUGAAUGCUGCAGAAGAAUAAACUAAAUAAAAUAUU